CAGUGUAACAAAAACUUUUUUAAAGUGUCUUUAGAACGACGAAAUGUUACAGUUACUCUGUCCAGUUACAGUGUAGAUCAGUGUCUGUCCUGUGAUUGGUGGCUUUCUUUCCAGCAGGAAGUUGUGAACAGAGUUUAAAAACUCAUUUGUAAGAACUCAUUUGCAUUACUGCAGACAUUCACAGGAAGGUGGACCAGCAAUGGCUCUGAUGAAGAUUGUGCUGCUGCUGGGGCUGGGUGUUUCAGUGAACUCAGCUGUUUCUCUGCAGAAGAGAAUCAUUGGCGGUCAAAACUGUGUUGACACGGAGCGUCUUUAUCACGUUCGGAUGGCAAUAACCAAUGAGAAGUCAACGACCAUCUGCGGAGGAUCUCUGAUCCACCCUCAGUGGAUCCUGACUGCAGCAAGCUGCUGGGAGUUGGGGCCAAGGAAUAAUGUAGCAUUCUUAAAAGUUCAUCCAAAGACUGCUCAAGAAAAUUUGCAAAUAAUUGUACAACCUCCUGUGCUGUAUCGUGAAGACAGCCGGAAGCAUGACAUCAUGUUACUAAAGCUUCAGAAACCAGUGACAGAUGUACCAGUUGCUAAGCUUCCAGACUGCAGUAAACGUCUUAAAAUUGGUGAUACUGUUCAGCUGGCAGGAGAGGGAGAAACUACAACCGGCCCCAAUGAUCGGCGAUUACGUUCUGGUCGUAUGGCAAAACAUCUUCAGUGUGUUGACAUGAAAGUUGUUCUGAUUUCCCAAUCCCGGUCAUUUGGGUAUAUAUUCCGUGCUGCAGAACCGAACAAGGAUGCAUGUUAUGGCGACAAUGGUUCAGCAGUGGUGUUCAACGACAUGGUUUAUGGUGUAAUUUCUGUUGAUACCUCACACUAUGCAUGUAAGAAACCAGUUUCCAUCAUGGAUGUGUGUGAAUACAUUGGAUGGAUAAAAACAACAAUUGCCCAUAAAUAAAACAUAAAAUGUCAUGAAAUGUAAUUCUCAUCAAAUUUUCUCUCCGAUAUAAUUUUAUCUUUGCAUUUUAAUCAGUUUAAUUCACAUGUUUAUAGAAUUAGAAUAAGUCAAUAGCUUUGAUUUUUUUGUCAUCCGUCCUUGAUCUUCCUAAUGGAUCCUUCUCUGUCUCAAAAAUGAAAAAUGAAUCAAUAAAUGAAUGAACAAUAAACAUUUCCUGGCUGAUUGUCUUUA